GGCGCCGGCAUCACGUGACCGGGCGGCUCUCUCGCGCUGGGGAUAGAUCGGUGCUAGGACCCACCCACACGACCCGCUCCGCUGCUUCGGCCCCGCCCUCCUCUGCCGCAGGCGGGAAGCGCAGCGGAGCGGGUCCGUGACGUAGUUUCCGGUGGGAGGGGCUCGGAGCGAAGCGGCCGUAGUCACGUGGUGGCGGGGGGCAGUCACUGUGGCCGGGGGCUGCUGCUCCCUCUCCCUCCGCGGCUGAGCGGGAGCCCAGAGGCUGCAGAUGAAGGUGCCGGUGGGAGGACGCCCGGAGCCUGCCCUGCCCCCGCCGCUCUGCCGUCCCGGCUGCACGGGGAGGAUGGGAGCGAAAUGAGCCCCGAGCCGGAGCCGCCGCCAGCCCCGGCCGGGGAGGCGGAGGCGCCAGCAGCAGCGGCAGCAGCGGGGGAAGGUGGCGAGAAGCGGGGCAUCUGCGUCAUGCUGGUGAGGAGGAUCGGCCUGAAAGCGGGCGGCGGCAGCGCGCAGCAAGGUAUUGGUCGACCAAGUGUGUACCACGCUGUGGUGGUCAUAUUCCUGGAAUUCUUUGCCUGGGGACUAUUGACAACUCCCAUGCUAAAAGUCUUACAUGAAACAUUUCCUCAGCAUACAUUUCUAAUGAAUGGUCUUAUUCAGGGUGUUAAGGGUUUUUUAUCCUUUAUGAGUGCUCCAUUAAUAGGUGCUCUAUCUGAUGUGUGGGGAAGAAAGUCUUUUCUUCUUGUUACAGUUUUCUUCACUUGUGUCCCAAUUCCAUUAAUGAGGAUAAGUCCAUGGUGGUACUUUGCUAUGAUUUCAGUAUCUGGAAUCUUUUCAGUUACCUUCUCUGUAAUAUUUGCCUAUGUAGCUGACAUAACACAAGAACAUGAGAGAAGUACUGCCUAUGGACUGGUUUCUGCCACCUUUGCAGCAAGUUUGGUAACUAGUCCUGCCAUUGGAGCAUACCUGUCUGCGAGCAAAGGAGAUAACCUUGUAGUACUAGUGGCCACAGUGGUGGCUGUCCUAGAUAUCUGUUUCAUUCUAUUAGCUGUACCAGAAUCUCUGCCUGAAAAAAUGAGACCUGCUUCCUGGGGAGCCCCUAUAUCCUGGGAACAAGCAGAUCCCUUUGCAUCCUUGAAGAAAGUUGGGAAAGAUUCUACAGUCCUCCUGAUCUGUAUCACAGUAUUUCUGUCCUACUUGCCAGAGGCUGGCCAGUAUUCUAGCUUUUUUCUCUAUUUGCGACAGAUUAUAGGUUUUGGUCCUGCUACGAUAGCAGCAUUCAUAGCUGUGGUAGGAAUUCUAUCUAUAAUAGCUCAGACCGUGUUCCUCAGUAUCCUGAUGAGGUCAAUAGGGAACAAGAAUACAGUCCUCCUUGGCCUUGGGUUCCAAAUGCUCCAGCUGACCUGGUAUGGUUUUGGAUCUCAGCCUUGGAUGAUGUGGGCAGCAGGAGCUGUAGCAGCCAUGUCAAGUAUUACGUUUCCAGCAAUCAGUGCUCUAGUUUCGCGAAAUGCAGAGCCAGAUCAACAGGGUGUUGUCCAGGGAAUAAUAACUGGAAUCAGAGGUCUGUGUAAUGGCCUUGGACCAGCUCUCUAUGGCUUUAUAUUCUUUCUCUUCCAUGUGGAACUCAAUGAAUUGGCACCUGUCCAGAGUUCUGAUAAGAACACCAUGCAGGAUCCUAGUGAUGAGAGAGCUAUCAUCCCUGGCCCACCUUUCCUGUUUGGAGCAUGUGCAGUUCUUCUAGCUUUUCUGGUUGCCUUAUUCAUUCCUGAGCACAGUAAAGCCAGCUGUACCAGGAAGCAUAGCAUCAGCAGUGCCCAGAGCAACAACCCAGAUCGUGGCAGCGAUGACGACAUUGAACCAUUGUUGCAAGACAGCAGUGUCUGAGAGCUAGCUUUGAAAAAGGAGGCUGCAAAUCAAAACGCAUGCACUGAGCUGUGAACCCAGAAAACAGGACAGAAUGCAGUGAGCCUCUGGUCUCUUAAGGGAGGAUAGAGCCAUGUGCAAGUGAAGGCCACAUGUUGUUGUGGAUAUUGGUGUCCACUUAGGGUUCAUACUAUCAAAAUUUACUGUGGUGUUUUGUUUUGUGUACUAGGGCAAGGUAAGGUUUGAGUCCUUUUUUCCCCCCUGUACCUGAUAUGUAACUGCAAAUGCCAUCUCAAGCCCUGAUGUUGGAUUGAAAACCUAAAUGCACAGACCUUGCAGAGAGCAAACUUUAAUAAAAUACUUUGAACAUUCAGUUCCCAAAGUCACUAUAAACAAAAUAAGCAGGUUUGAGGCAGACUACAGUUCCUGCCAAAAUAGUUAAAGGUUAAGUUUUGCAUUUUAAGCCUUUUCUUUGGAUGUAUGGCCCUGUGUAAACCUCCUUGGUUCCUCGCAAACCUAUCUACAUAGUUUUAGUAUCUGCAAUAUUGCGGAUGAUUAAAGGUCAUAUUAAAAUUCCUGAACCCAUAUUCUCAAAUAUUUGUAUCUCAUACUAAUACAAAAUCCGGUAGACUCCUUAGGGUGUUGAUAAAACUAAACAAUUACUUUUUACAGUUGAGGGAUCACGUAAAACUUGCCUAUGAGAGAAGGACAUAUUCAGGUCUUAAACCCACAUUCCAGAACGGUGUCUGACCUGACGUGGCUAAAAAGAAAAUCCAGUUGGCACCUGUGAGCAUUGAUAGCAUCACCGCUCUGCUAGUAGAAAAUUGUAAUGAUUGACUGUAUAGCACCACAAAUGUAGACGUUCUUCGUUUGUGUGAGGGCUAGUUAACUGGAUGCUGAGGUGGCUUACAUCAAGACUUGUGUGUAUUUAUUGCAUUUUGUCACUCUGAUCUGCCGUAUUAAAAUAACUCUUCCCACUAAUUUCACCCCUGCCUUAACUGCUACUUAGUGUGCAUUUAUUCUCAUUUAGCCUUCAUAUCAAUGUGUCUCACCUGAUGAAUCUCAAGGAAAUAUGCAUAUUAAGUUCUUUUCUAAAAGAUGCUUUAAAGAAGUUGUGUCUACAAAGUGUUACGCUAAUUUUUAGACAUUUUAUGAAAAAUUAUACAGAUUUAUAUGUAUUUUGUUGCAGUGUAAAUGAACCAUUAAACAAAACCUGAGUUUAACAAAGUACUCCUAUGAAUGUUUUGUACGUAUGAAAUAUAUGUAGAUAUUUGUAAGGAGUUCUAAUUUUUUCCAGAUGGGGGUGCUGUGUAAAUCUUGUAUUUAUAAAUGCAACGAGGGUACUGACAGAUAUACAGUUUUUAUAAAGGAUUGUGUAUUGACUGAACAAAUUUUAAAAAAUUAUAUAUUUUGAAACUUGUUCCACCUUGAGCAGAGAUAACAGACCUUUUGUACUAUGCAGUUUGGUUUUUAAGUUAAGCUUCCGUAAUAAAUCUGCAACUUAUAUUUCCUAGG